GGUUAAAUUUAGGGUUUGAUGGUGAUUGAAUACAAACGAAAACAAGACUUUCCUAUGGUGAAAGAAGCAAUGGUCAUGAACGAGAAGCCAAAGAGGAAUCUCAUGAGCCCCAACGAGAAGCGAUACAAAGGGAUAAGGAUGAGGAAGUGGGGGAAGUGGGUGGCUGAGAUAAGAGAGCCUAACAAACGAUCACGGAUCUGGCUUGGUUCUUACAAAACCGCGGUUGCAGCGGCACGUGCCUAUGACACCGCUGUGUUUUACUUACGAGGUCCAUCGGCGAGACUCAAUUUCCCUGAAGAGGUCUUACAAGAUGGAAACGGCGGUGAAGGUGUAGGAGGAGACAUGUCUGCGACGUUGAUACGGCAGAAGGCGGCGGAGGUGGGAGCUAGAGUCGACGCGGAGUUGCGGUUAGAGAAUAAGAUGGUUGAGAAAUUAGACAUGAAUAAGUUGCCGGAGGCAUAUGGAUUGUAAUUUUUAUAGUUUGGUAGUUUAUAGGUUGGAGAUUGCCCGGAGACAGAGUUAAACAGAGGUUCUCUGACUCAUAUGAGGCUUAAUAUAGUUGAAAUUUGCUU